UAUAAGCGGCCUUCGCAUAAUCAUUUGUCCGCCAUGAAGUAACUAUUUGGAGUGAAAGACAGACGGAAGUAACGAAAAUGUCAGGAAAUGUUGGCAUGGAGCAGCUUAUUCCCAUUGUGAAUAAGCUGCAGGAUGCCUUUUCAUCUCUAGGAACACCACUAUCUUUAGAUUUACCUCAAAUUGCUGUAGUAGGAAGUCAAAGUGCAGGAAAAAGUAGUGUACUGGAAAAUUUCGUAGGAAAAGAUUUUUUACCCAGAGGAAGUGGUAUAGUAACAAGACGACCUUUAGUUCUACAGUUAAUAAAUUCUAAAGCUGAAUAUGCAGAAUUCUUGCACCAGAAAAACAAAUAUUAUUCCGAUUUUGAUCAAGUUCGGAAGGAGAUUGAAAUGGAAACAGAUCGUGUUACCGGUGGAAACAAAGGCAUCUCUAAUAUACCUAUUAAUCUUAGGGUUUACUCCCCUAAUGUACUCAACUUAACCUUGAUAGAUUUACCAGGUAUGACCAAGGUAGCCGUUGGUAACCAGCCCCAAGAUAUUGAAAUUCAGAUCCGUAAUAUGGUGUUAGAAUUCAUAUCAAAAGAGAGUUGCCUGAUUUUAGCUGUAUCCCCAGCUAACACAGAUUUAGCCAAUUCUGAUGCUCUGAAAAUAGCGAAAGAAGUUGAUCCACAAGGUAUACGAACCAUUGGUGUUAUAACUAAGUUAGAUUUAAUGGAUGAAGGAACUGAUGCAAGAGACAUUCUAGAAAACAGAACUUUACCACUGAGGAGAGGUUAUAUGGGUGUGGUUAACAGAAGUCAGAAAGAUAUAGAAGGUAGAAAAGACAUCCGAGCUGCCUUAGCAGGAGAGAGGAAAUUUUUCCUUAGUCAUCCAGCAUAUAGACACAUGGCUGAUAGAAUGGGAACACCAUAUCUUCAAAAAAUCUUGAAUCAACAGUUGACCAAUCACAUUAAAGAUACCUUACCAGCCUUGAGGAACAAGUUACAGUCUCAGCUAUUGGCUAUGGAGAAAGAUGUGGAAGAAUUUAAAAACUUCAGACCUGAUGAUCCAGCCAGGAAAACUAAAGCAAUGAUGCAAAUGUGUACACAGUUUGGUAGUGAUUUUGAGAAGACUAUAGAAGGUUCUGGAGCAGAAAUAAGUACAUUAGAAUUAAGUGGUGGAGCUAAAAUAAACAGAAUUUUCCAUGAAAGAUUUCCCUUUGAACUAGUCAAGAUCUACCAAAAAGAUAGUAUAUGUGAAAGAGAAAUACGCAGAGAAAUAAUGUAUACAAUAAAAAGUGUACACGGUGUACGAACUGGAUUGUUCACACCUGAUAUGGCAUUUGAAGCUGUUGUGAAAAAACAAAUAGAUAAAUUAAAGGGACCUUCAUUAAAGUGUGUUGAUAUGGUGAUUUCUGAGUUAACAAAUGUUGUUCAUAAAUGUUCUUCAAAGAUGACAAGAUAUCCACGGUUACGAGAGGAAGUAGAAAGAAUUGUUAAUACAAGGAUUCGAGAACAGGAACAAAGAGUCAAGGACCAAUUAUUAUUAUUAGUUGAUGUACAGCUAUCAUAUAUGAACACUAAUCACGAGGAUUUUAUAGGAUUUGCAAAAGCACAAGACAAAUCAGAAAAUACUGCUAAAAGAAAAGUUGGCAAUCAGGUUAUCAGAAAAGGAUGGUUAACAUUACACAAUAUAAGUUUUAUGAAAGGAGGAUCAAAAGAAUUCUGGUUUGUUUUGACAACUGAAUCCCUGUCAUGGUUUAAAGAUGAGGAGGAGAAAGACAAGAAGUACAUGUUAGGAGUAGAUAACCUUAAAUUACGGGACACUGGUGACUCAGGAAUCCUGGGCAGACGGAAAGGUUUUGCCCUUUUCAAUAAUGAGAACAGAAAUGUAUAUAAAGAUUAUAAGCAAUUAGAAUUGUCUGGAGAAUCACAAGACGACAUUGAUAGUUGGAAGGCAUCAUUUCUCAGGGCAGGAGUAUACCCUGACAGGUCACAGGAAGAAGGAAAUACAAGUGCUAAGGACGAUAUAGGUUCUAUGGAUCCACAGCUCGAAAGACAGGUUGAGACCAUUAGAAAUUUAGUAGAUUCCUACAUGAAAAUAGUGAACAAAACUCAGAGAGAUCUGGUACCUAAAACCAUCAUGUUCCUAUGUGUAAACAAUGUACAAGAGUUUAUAGGAGCAGAAUUAAUGGCACAUUUAUACUCGACUGUUGAUCAGCAAUCAUUAAUGGAGGAAUCCCAAGAAGAGGCUCAGAGAAGGGAGGAGUUGUUGAGAAUGUAUCACGCCACAAAGGAAGCUCUGCAUAUUAUUGGUGAUAUAAAUGUGACAACGAAUUCUACACCUACGCCCCCUCCUGUAGAUAAUGACUGGUUACACAUUGAUCAAACUACUAAUGGAGGUGGGUCAAGACCAUCAUCACCGAAACCAUCUAGGGGUGGACCACCACCACCAUUGCCCAAUCGACCAGGUCCUGGUGGAUCAUCAAUGCCAAACAGACCGGCACCAUCCAUUCCAAACAGACCAGCACCAACAGCACCGGGAGGUGGACCACCAAUACCUGCUUUCAACCAAAGUGGCCGAGCAUCCAUUUACCUAGCUCAGCAGGCAACUAAAGGUGCUGCCCCCUAUGCUGGAGAAAUAGCCCACAGUGCUGCCCCCUAUGCUGCAGAUAUUGCAAAAAGUGCUGCACCCUAUGCUGCGGAUGCUGCUAGAAGUGCAGCACCAUUCAUAGCGCAAGGAAUUGCACAAGGAACAAAAUCAUAUUUAUCAAAUCAGUAUGGAUCUCAGCGAGGAACAAAAUCAUAUUUAUCAAAUCAGUUUGGAUCUCAGCGAGGGCGCCCUAGUUCUGCUGGCCCACCAGGUGUUCCAAAAAUUCCUGAUAGACCAUCUAUACCAUCCAGACCAAACUUGUUAUAAUUAUUGGACUAAUUUUAGGUCAAGUUCAUCGUAAAAAUUGACAGUUAUAUAAAAAACAACACCAGUUCAAAUCAAUCAUACAAGGCUCUUGAUAAAAGAUGUCUGUUCAAUGCCACUCAGAUGUGUGGCAAUCAGAAGGACAUGUUAAUGUGUAUCACUAUAGUUCAAACUUUUAUUUAACAUGUACAUUGAUAAAUAUAUUUAUAGUUUAGUUGCAGGUCUAUUCUAUAAAAUGCCUAAAAAUGAAUGAUGAAAGUCAGUAUUGGAAAAAUGAAAAACGUUCAGGAAUUUGUGCAUUAUCGUUAAAGAGAUGGUCGUAAAAUUAUUUAUUCAAAGUAUAUAAGCAAUGUAAUCAUUACCAUGGCAACUAAUUGUUUUAUAGGAAAAACAAAUGUGAUAGAAAUGUUUUUGUAUUCAUUACAGAAUUCCAUUUUACUGAAAUGUUAGAUAUGCAAUUAUUAAAAAAAUAUUGUUCUUUUGUAUAAUACCUGGAAUUUAUCUCAGUCUAGAUAAUUCAGUAAUUUGUUCUCAUAAUGAAAACGCAUGAAAUAUUUGCCCCUGUUUGUGAGGGGAAUGAGAUUCAUUCAAUCAAAAUUUAAAAGGCACACAACAUUAAAAGAGCUUGAAUUUUUCUUUGACAUGGCAGAGUUCUUGAGUUCUUGAAAUUCGGUGGUCCGAAGAUCCUGACCACCAAAAUUUGACAAGGGACUGACACAAUUUGGGCAUUAUGCAAUGAACAUAAUAGUGAGGACCAAUGUUGGGAAAAGAUUUGGAGGACUCUGUUUAUAACACAAUCCAUGAAAUUGUAGAGCCUUAUAUCAAGACAUUAGUCCAGACAUAACAAAUGGUAAAAUUACAAGCAGUUUGACCUGAUUAACUAUAGUUUGGUUAAACUCAAAAGGAAAACAUCAUGUAAGAGCAGAUUUGCGUUGCCGAAGAUAGCAUAUCUACAUUGUGUGAGUUCAAGGAAAUAAUCAAUUCAUUAGAUUACCUUUUGGGUUUUGUAACAUUUUGACUGAGAGCAUGUUCAUGUUUAUGCAAAAGAACACUAUUAUGUAUAGGAUUUGUGUAAUGUUAUGUUGAUAGUUUUUGUUGUUAUGCUUUCGAUACUGUCUCUUUAUCCAUUUAUAUAUAAUGAUAAAUAAGUAACUGUAUAUUAUGUAUGCUAUAAUCAACUGUUGUCUUCACCACUUACUGUCCUCCACACAAGUUCAACACUACAUGUAUACGAUAAUUGCUAUCAUUAAUGCGAUAUAUGUAUAUGUAUUACCAUUUACUGUCCUGUUUCAAAUAUAUGACCUGAAUGGGUACUUUAUCAAUGUUUUUUUUCAGGCAGGAGAUAGACCUCAUGUAUACUUGCUUCUCUUUUUUGUUAUUUUGAAAGCAUAUUUAUACGAGACAUGACCUAAAUGAUAAGUAAUUGACUGAAUUGGUAGAUUAGGAUUCAGGUCAAACAUUUAAUUCAACUUUUAAAAAAAUACAAUUUCUGUCAUUUCAUAGCAUUGGUGUGUUUACAAUUAAAAAGAACUAAAUGGAUAAGCUUUUGUUGAGAAAUCCCUGUUGGUAGAACAGUGUAAAAUACUCAUAUGUGUUAGGGAUGAAAUGUGUUGUCAGCUAAAAUCACUUUUCCAUAUCAAGCAAAUUCUUUUGUAUCUAGAAAGUAGAAAAUACCUCAUUUUGUUUGAUCUAAGAUUAUUAUAUUCAACUUCAACUAAUUGGCCCAUUUACAUUAAAGUGAAGUGCUGAAUCAUCACAAUAGCCAAAUUGGAUACAAGUGAUUACAGUAGAAUCAGCAUUUAUGAUUGUUAUUUGUAUGGCAACAUAACAUUACACAUAUAUAUUAUGUAUAGGUUUGUGUGUAUAUUUCUGUACAAAUAAUCAAGUUAUUUAUGUUAAAUAGUAAUGAUUUUAAGCUAUAAUCAUGAUAAUUCAUAUCUUGUAUAUAUCUCUUGGAAGUGUUUGAUAAGAUUAUUAUCACAAUUCCACAAUUCAGUUAUAAAUUUCAUUAAAAUUAUUAUUCCAAAUACUUUAAUUUCUCAAAAUUUAAUUUAUUACAUUAUGAGAGAUAUGUAUUUUGAGAUUUUCUAUUGUCUUUUUGGGUGUAAUUGGUCUCUAACUGGAAUAAAGUUUCCUUAUACACAUCACAGACUUCAAUACUAGUUGGUGGCAUAUACUGUUAUCUGCUAAUUGGUCGGCUUGAUGUCUCUUUGACAUUCCCCAUUUCCAUUCUCAAUUUUAUAUUGCUCUGAAAUUGAUCAUGAGCUGCCAUUCCCUGUGUUAUUAUAACAACUGCCAGUAUUACAAUCGUUCAUAGGACAUUGUUUGACUCUGUCAAGGUUUUCACUCUUGAUCUAAGUUUUUCUUCAAGCUUUUGACAUUCUUCAGUCACAGGCAUAUAAAAUAUGGUAUUUCAAUUGACUUGACCUUCUUUGCAGAUUAUUAUCAGUAUAAUACAUCAAGUUUCAAAUGUACACCAAUUUAAAAAUCAAAAGCAAGAUUUACAAAUUCCAUUUAAUUUUACAGUUGAGAGUUUAGGUUAGGGGUACAUGUUAAUUUUACACAUUAAACAAUUGAAUGCUGCAUUAAUGAGAUAUCUGUACAAGAUAGAAUUUGAAGGAUUAGUCAUACAAUUGUGCAAUGUUGUAAUAUAAAGAUGUAAAAACUUUGUGAUAUAUGAAUGUAAAUUGAUAUUAGAUUAAAAGAGAUGUAUAAAAAUUGA